CAAAAUUUCAAUGAAAUAUCUAGAGUGGUUUGGAAGUUAUGAUAGAAAAAUAGUUUUUUUCUUAGAAUUUGAACAACAAAAUUUGGUGCAUUAAUUUCGGAACACCCUGUAUAUUUGGCUCCAAACAUUGUAUAUAAAAAUACUAUUCUACUACUGAUUUUGUGAACCAUUCUACCUGUACUACAGGUUAUAGUCGCCGCCACAAAUAUUCGAGAUUCCUACAAAAAAUUAUUUCUUUGUCGGCGAUGCCCGGAUAAACAAAAACCGCAACACAAACUCUACUGAUAAGGGUUGAGAAUAAAUUUAGUCCAAGAGCACAGAGAGAUUUGAUUAAGUACUUACUUUCUUGCAUUAAAUAUUUGGAAGACAUUUAAGAAAAUUGAAAAAUAAUUUUAAACAUAAAACGAAUAAUUUCAAGCCAAUAUAAUCUUGUACCUACUCAAGCGAUUCCUGACACGUGCUCCCUGAUUAAAUGCAAGAUAAUGUAAAUAUACUUUUUUGUACGAAUCUCGAAUAUCUCUGGCGGAUACUAUACCAAUUUAGUUUUAAUAAAUAAGAAAUUCUCAUAAUCACAUACCUACCUACAUAGUUAUUUGAAGUUAAAAUGUUAAAAUGUCAAAACUCUUGAUAAGUAAGUUUACACAGGUGGAUCAUCAAUGACAUUAUAUCUAUGUUAAUUUUUUAUUCAAAUGCCACAAAAUUCAAAUUUGUUUUGAUCUACCUUUAUAAUGUUGAAUUUUCUUUGUCAGGAAAAUUAAAUUGAAAAGUUUGAAUGGGGCCUCUAACUGGAGCAAAAGAAUCGAUUAAUUCAAACAUUAAAUUACGAUAUUUGCGAUCUUGGAAUUGGAAAUUAAUUGUUUUAAAUUUGAAUAUUGAUUAACAAAAGUUGAAAUUUUUAAUUGGAGUUUUUGCAUUUUUAUAUUGACAAAACUCGAAUGAUUUGUUGGAAAAAUUGAAAAACCUGCUUGAAUUUUCCUUCAUUUAUUUUUUCCUUUACAACAGAUUUAUUUCAAUCCUUUUUCAUCUUCCUUGUUUUUUCAUUAUAAUAAUAUUAUUGAAACGAAAAAUGAGACAAAAAUUUUGUGUGCGAAAACUCCAUUAGCAAGAUUUUUUGAAGAUUAUAUAAAUGGUGGCCUUUGAAAAUAUCGUUUCAGUUCAACAAAAUGAAGAGCCUUACUCUGGUUUUGUUGGUAGCUGUUUUAGCGACAACUACAGCUAAAACCAUCAACAAAAUAAACGGCCAAAGGUUGAGAAGACAAAAUGGACAAUAUUAUCGGCCACAGCAAUUCAAACCCCAAACAACAGAAGGUCGUUACAAGCCGGACAAUUCUGGCAAAUAUGUCGACAAUUCAGGCAAAUAUAUUCCCGACGAUUCUGGAAAAUACAUUCACCAGGAUGUUCCUUACGAGCACAUACUUGGACCUAAUGGUGGCGUUGGCGGUAAUGGUGGAUUCGGUGGCGUUGGAGGUGUAGGUACUGGCGGAGGUACAGGACCUGGAGGUCCAGGAGGUCCGGGAGGUCCAGGAGGACCCAAUGGCCCUCCAGGACCCCCUGGUCCACCCGGUCCCCCAGGACCUCCAGGACCUCCUGGACCCGAUGCCAAAGGGCCUAAAGGUCCGUCCGGACCUUUCGGACCUCCCGGAAAAGGACCCAAGAAUCCAUUUGGACCGACAGGAUUUCAUCCAAAUUCUAUCGAAUUUGGUUAUUUACCAGUAAGACGAUGAAGACUUUAUUUUUUUGUUAUAUUAAUUUUAGUGUUAAAUAAAUUAAUGUAAAAUUUA